GUUAUGUAUGUAUUUCUAUAUCGCUAACUUGAAGUUAUUUUGAAUCAGUUAGAAUAGGAAUGAUGUAAGAAUCCACUCAUAUGUAUUUCUAUAUAAUUCUUCAUGUUACUAUUCCUCUUAUCUUAGUCUGCGAGGCUUAGACAAACUCGUCGGCGUGUCCAGUUUAGCUAUUGCUAUUGCAAACUGUCCUAAAUAAGACUUUGCCACAUCACUCAACUUACAAAAAUCUCACUUACAGUCAAGUUACAGAAACGACUUAUAUAUAUCUCAACACUAGUAAAGUGGCCUCACCUCAUUGAUACUCAUUAUUAACCUCUAUAUUUCACUAUUCUCACUUGGCAUAACAUAAUGGGGCAUUCAUAUACACAUAUUAUGAAGAGACUUGCUGUCGCAACCUUAGUCGCCUCAUCCGCUCUCUCCUUCACACACGCAUCAUCUCCCCCGUCUGAAUCCCCCUCCGCAGAAACAGAACUCAUAUGCCACACCGACAACCCCGCCGAAUGCUAUCCAAAAGUCUUCUCCGCCACAGAGGACUUCCAACCCGUCCACGACGACCAGGAUCUUCCGCCCGGCCUGCACGUCCAGCUCGACAUCCAGACCGGCCAGAAACAAGCCAAGCUGUAUAACCCCGCGGAACAAAACCCUGCUCUGGAAGGCUUACCGGUAGACCGGUCCGUCGUCGUCGUAGACCCCGAAACACCCCACGACGACGACCAGCCCCAAAUCCCCCCCGGCGCCCCGGCCUACGAGCCCGUAGGCGUAGUCAAGGCGCCGAAGGAGAAAAACGAGGGCUUCAUCUCGGCUCUCGAAACAGUGAAGAAGUCUUUAGAGGCCAACAGUAACGCCGUCAACCCAGACGAUCUCGACAAAGCCCUAGAGGACCUAGAAGAUCUAUCUCACGAUAUAUACUACGGCCUGCAAAUCGCCUCUGACACCGACGCCCUGCACUCGCUACUCUGCCUCCUCACCGCGCGCGACGCAGCGCAGGCCCAACGGCCCCUAUCCCAGCGCACCGAUUUCCUCGCGUCCGCCAUCCUCGCGUCUUCCAUCCGGAACAACAAGCCUGCGCUCCGCGCCGUAGAGCAGUCCUGGGACUCCCUCGUGGAAAAGCAAUGCCCAUCGAAUAAAGCCUCCCCCAACUCUCUGAAAUCAGAGCUCUUCUCCGCGUUGCAACCUACGACGACGCCUGGCUCGGCGGAAGAAUCCGCCGAAGCAUACGCCACGCGCCUGAACCUCGCCGUGCUAGACGGCCUGCUCAAGAGCCCGCAGAUCACGGCGCAGUUCCUCGCGCACGACGGCAUGCGGCACUUGCUGCGAAUCCUGCAGCGGGCAGACCCGGUCUGGGACGCGCGCAAAGCCAAGGUCGCGCGCAUCGUGUCCGAUAUCUUCCUCGACGAAGACGUCGGCGCUGUGCUGGGCGUGUGGCCGACGAGCACAAGCGUAGCCGAAGCUAGCGUGUGCGAAGCCGGGGGCCCGGAUUCUUUAGAAGAAGGAUGUUGGGAGUACCACUUGGAGGUUAUUAGCCAGGGCCCGGAAGCCCCGGGUUGGAGCCAGCCGCUCCUCGACUUGCUGAGGCGGAGACGGGCGGAGAAGCCGGCGGCGCAGCAUAGGCGGGAUGAAUUAUAAAAAUAAAAUAAAAAUAAAAAUAAAAAUAGAUUAUCUAAGAGAAAACUUACUGUUUCAAUAUACGGUAAUAACAAGCAUGGGUAAUGAGGAGGCGUUUGGGAUAACUGCAUUUUUGUAUUUUAUUUAUUUGUUUUACUUUACUUCAGUUUACCCCCUGACGAAUACCCUGGCCGCAGCU